AUGACUUCCUUAAGCAGGGAACUGGUGUUCCUCAUCCUGCAGUUCCUCGACGAAGAGAAAUUCAGAGAGACAGUUCACAAGUCAGUUUAUGUUAAAUGAAUUUUUUGGGUUAUUUAAUGGAAGCUGCAGUCUUAUUCGUCUGAUGUUUCCCUGGGUUUUGAGUUUCUUUGCUGUUGACAUCUCUCCUUAUUCUGUUGUGGAAAAAGGCUCGAGCAAGAAUCAGGUUUCUUCUUCAAUAUGAAGUAUUUCGAAGAGGAGGUGCACAGUGGAAAUUGGGAUGAGGUCGAGCGGUACCUCUCUGGAUUCACAAAGGUUGAUGACAACCGUUACUCAAUGAAGAUCUUCUUUGAGAUCCGCAAGCAGAAGUAUCUUGAGGCACUGGACAAGUAACAGGCCCUAGCCUUUUGACGCCCGAACCUUCACGUGGAUUAUUACAUUAUAGGAACCUGACUUGCUAUCAAAAUUCUUAGCCCUUUUUUGUUGCUGUUGUUGUUGAUUCGCUAGACAUGACCGUGCAAAGGCAGUAGACAUUCUAAUAAAGGACUUGAAAGUAUUCGCUUCAUUCAAUGAAGAGUUAUUCAAGGAGAUAACACAGCUCCUAACCCUGGACAACUUCAGGUGAGAUUGAUUGCAUUUCUGUAGAUGUCAACUAGCUUUUUCUCUCUCCUUUUUGUGAAUUGGGUAGUUAAUUGACUUUGUAUCGUGAUAAUUGAUGUCAUCCAUUUGAUAGGGAAAACGAGCAACUUUCGAAGUAUGGAGACACAAAAUCGGCUAGAGCAAUAAUGCUGGUUGAACUCAAGAAACUGAUUGAGGCCAACCCUCUUUUCCGUGACAAGUUGCUAUUUCCUAACCUGAAAAAUGCAAGGCUGCGUACCCUCAUAAAUCAGAGGUAGUUAAUCACAGCUUUGUUUUGCUUUUGUAUCGCUUAAUACUUUUUUUUGUAUGGAAGCCCAGGUCAUAAAUCCCAUGCCUAUAAAUAAACAUUAAUUGGCUACGAUUUUGUUGUUUAUUUGCACAUAUUAUGUCAACGAUUAGACUAAUGGCAAUAUUCACCACUACAGGAGUUAUCCUAUUGAUAUUUUACCCAUGCCUAGAAAUGAAUAUUCUCUGAAGAGAUGAAAUAAUCACCCAAUUCACAGUGCCACAUACCAUUAGUGCAGAAGUUAAUUCAGGUUAGAGAAUAUGAUCCUUAUUCCAGGGUUCUAAAUGGCACAACUUGUUUUAAGUAUAGGAUUUCGGAAGUUAGAUCUCUGUAGAAAGGGGACAUAGAAAUACUUCUGGGGUAAUGCGCAAAUAAAAUUUCUUUUGCGUUUCUAGUCCGCUUUACUGUCAACGUUAAAUGAAUUAUGAAAACAUAUUUGUCAACCUUUGAAAAAGGCGGUUGCUUUACAUGUGCAAUGAUAACUUACUAGUAAAAGAGGUCUGAACCUGAUCUUAAAUUUCUAUAUUUUAUUUUCAUUGAAAUUGUUGGAAUUUUUCCUAAAUGGAGAUCUAGGUCGCUCUUUCUUUAUCAUCCAUUGAUCGUUGUGUAUGAAAUUAGGAAGGACAUAUUGACGGGAAUGCACUACCGUGAUUUUGAAUCCUGGUAAAUCAUGUUGUAUCAGCUAUUAUUCCAAUGAAGACAUAGAUAGUCUACAAAAGAUGUGUACUCUGAAAUAUUAUCUGCUAUUAUAUGUCAUGUUUUUAGGAGCUAGGUUACAUUAUUAAGCCAAAGUCAGGGAAUCCACAAAUUGUCCUCUCAUCUGCAUUAUAUACACACGGUCAUAUGCUUGUGUGCUGACAUAUACUCUUUCGGUCAAUGGCAAAAUGAAAUGAUAUUGUGAUGUGAUCUGGCAGCUUAAAUUGGCAACACCAGCUUUGUAAGAAUCCAAGGCCAAAUCCAGACAUUAAGACCCUUUUCGUGGAUCACUGUUGUGGACAACCAAAUGGUGCACGAGCUCCAUCACCAGCGAAUAAUCCUUUGCUUGGUUCUAUCCCAAAAGCAGGAGGCUUCCCUCCGUUGGGUGCACAUGGGGUAACGAUAUGGUGUACCUUCAUCGCAUUUUAAUUUCAUGUUUUAAAUUUCUUCUGGGCUGAUGGGGCUUCUUGAAUUCAGCCUUUUCAGCCUGCGCCUUCUCCAGGUCCCACUCCUCUGGCUGGAUGGAUGUCCAAUCCACCAGCCGCAACUCAUUCGGGAGUUUCAGGUGGACCUAUUGGCCUUGGUGGCCCCGCAAAUCCAGGUAGUUAUUUCUUCAUGUGAUCUUUGUGAUGAAUCUAUUGAUUACUGGUGCUGUCAGAGAUUUGAUUGUUCGAAUGCUUCACUGUAGCCGCAAUCCUGAAACAUCCCAGGACUCCCCCCUCCAAUAAUGCUGCUAUUGAUUACCCUUCAGCGGAUUCUGAUCAUGUUCCGAAGAGAACAAGACCAAUUGGUAUCUCUGAAGAGGUGUAGCAUCUUCUCAAAAGGAAGCGACCUAUUUUAAUUUGUUUUCCCCCUGCCAGGUUAUAACUACUCCAACCAUUUUGUUUUAAGAGCUUUGUGCCUUCAACUUUUGUGCAGGUGAACUUGCCAGUAAAUAUAUUGCCUGUCACCUAUCCAGCGCAGAACCAUAAUCAGGUUAUGCAUUCAUCUGAUGACUUGCCCAAGGCUCUUGCUCGGACAUUAAGCCAGGGCUCAAAUCCCAUGAGCAUGGAUUUUCAUCCUAUCCAGCAGACUAUACUUGUUGGUCAGACCUCAUGAGCCUAUUUACCUUUCCUUUUAUGUUGUGUAUUUGGUUAUUCAUGGAAAUUAUUUUUCUUCUUUUCGUUUUUUGUAAGUCAGAUUUCACAAAUUUCUUUGCUUUGUCCUGAUUUCUUCUGCAGAAUUUCCGUUCUUAAUUACAUUUUCUGUAAUUAAAUUAUCGCUUCAGUGUACCUUCACAAGGUGGCAUGUGAGUAAUGAGGCUGUCUGUACCAUUUUUUUUAGUUGGCACCAACUCUGGUGAUAUUGCACUAUGGGAUGUCGGUACUCGGGUAAGAUUAGUUCUGAAGAACUUCAAGGUGUGGGAUCUUGCACAGUGCUCUGUGCCUCUGCAGGUUUGUAUCCUUCUCUGCUUAAAUGAUCACACAAACCAAUAAUAGAAAUUCUGCUAUCUGAAAUUCUGUCCAAUGGAAUACAGACGGCCUUAGUUAAAGAUCCAAGUGUAUCAGUUAACCGUAUCAUUUGGAGUCCUGACGGGACUUUAUUUGGUAAGCCCAGUUAACCACAGCAAUUGAUAUUGUAUGUAGUCUGGAUAAUUGACCAAUGUUGGUGCUCCAUUGCUUUGUCAAUCAUCAUCAGGAGUUGCAUAUUCAAGGCAUAUUGUGCAAAUUUAUUCCUACCUAGGAGGUGACGAGAUAAAGACACAUUUGGAGGUAUAAUCAAGAGUUUGUGUUGAUAUUAUAAUGCCAUUUUAUUAAUUAUUUCACAUUGGUCAAUAUUUUAGUACAUGUUAUGUGAAUGUCUAGCUUGAUGCUCAUGUUGGUGGAGUUAAUGAUCUGGCGUUCGCACAUCCAAAUAAGCAGCUAUGUGUAAUAACCUGCGGUGAUGACAAGACCAUCAAGGUUGGCUUUUAAGAGUACCAUUUUCUCUGAAGCAGUAGAUGAUAACUUGUACUCGGGCCUCACUCUUGUCAACCAUAUGCUAGGUCUGGGAUGCAACUAAUGGGACAAAACAGUAUACUUUUGAGGGUCACGAGGCUCCAGUUUAUUCUGUUUGCCCACAUCACAAGGAAAACAUUCAGGUAAUGCUCCUAUAUUACCUCAACCUCGAUGGCUAAGUGGGCUGUUAACAUAUUCUUCACAACGUACUGUUUUGGGCUCUUUUCAGUUCAUAUUUUCCACAGCUCUGGAUGGAAAGAUUAAGGCAUGGCUAUAUGAUAAUAUGGGCUCGAGAGUUGAUUAUGAUGCCCCGGGUCAUUGGUGCACUACAAUGGCUUAUAGUGCUGAUGGUUCCCGGUAAGUUUUCUAGAUGGUCAGACAGUCCUUUCAAAUUAUUUUUUUCUCAUAGAAGUAAUUUACAUGUGUUCUGGGAAUUGUAGGCUCUUUUCUUGUGGAACCAGCAAAGAAGGGGAAUCAUUCAUUGUGGAAUGGAAUGAGAGUGAAGGUGCUGUGAAGAGAACUUACCAGGGAUUCCGGAAACGAUCUUUAGGGGUUGUACAGUUUGACACAACCAGGAACAGAUUUUUGGCCGCCGGUGAUGAAUUUAUGAUUAAAUGCUGGGAUAUGGAUAAUGUGAACCUACUGACAACAGUUGAUGCCGAGGGGGGCUUGCCAGUAAGUACUUUGCUAAACUUUUCAAUCAAUAUCCAGUUUGAUUGAAGAAAGUAGUCGAUUUAUGUAUAUGUCUUCAAAAUUUGUAGGCAAGCCCACGUAUUCGUUUCAACAAAGAGGGCACACUGUUAGCCGUUUCUACAAAUGAUAACGGAAUCAAAAUAUUGGCAAAUGCUGAUGGGAUUCGAUUGCUUCGGACGUUUGAAAAUCGUUCAUUUGAUGCUUCGAGGGCUGCAUCUGAGACCAUCACAAAGGUAAGGCUUCUGACCAUGAAACUGCUGUGAGUCCAAAGCAAUAUGGUAAUCCGAACUCUCUCUUAUGUUACAGCCAAUAAUAAACCCCAUGUCUGCUGUCACUGCUGUAACAAGUGCUGGCCUCACUGAUAGAGGUGUAUCUGCAGUGGCCAUGGCUGGGAUGGUUCGUGCAAAUUAAUCACCUUCCAAAAUUAUAAUCAUCUAUUCUCUCUCUAUCUCUCUCUGUCUCUCUCUGCAUAAUCUUGAGAACAUUUUGUUAUCAUCAUGUUUUUGCCAUAGCUCACCAGGUUUUUGAAUCUUUGAAGAUCAACAGGUUGGCAUGACUUCGUGCUGACUUAACAUUACAUCUUUACAGAAUGGGGAUGCCAGGAACUUAGAUGUCAAACCAAGAAUAAUUGAAGAACCAGUGGACAAGACAAAGAUAUGGAAGCUCACGGAGAUAAGCGAGCCGGUUCAAUGCCGAUCCUUGAGACUCAUGGACAACAUAAGAACUAGCAAGGUAAAUUACAAAACCAAUAAAGUCAUUUGUCCCACUUGCUUUACAAUGGCGCACUAUUGAAUAAAUCGAAUGUCUGUACCUGGAAGCCUCCAUGGAACUAUAGAAAACUUAUGAUGUCCAUAAUUGAGGGAUGCAACUGUUCCUCAGCACCGCUCAUUAUUUGCUGCAUCAGAAGCCCUACUUACUACCACUAUUCCUCGAUUGCUACCCAUAAGAUCUCUGUAGAUUCAUGUCACAUAAUUAUGAGUUGCCUUCCCAUUUCAAAUCCUAUAUUCUAGGAUCUGUAUAAGGAUCACCUGUAAAUGUCAGCUAUUCAACAUGAUGAGUGUUCCUCCAACGAUAAUGCAUACUUUUUUGGUACUAGUAUUUCAUGUCCUAUUUUAUCUUGCAAAAAAACCCACACACAGAGGUGUAUAUAUUAAUAAUACCCUCCAUGAGAUUGCCAUAUGAAUGAAUCUUUCAAGCAUAUAUGAUGGCAAGUUUAAGAAAGCCACGCCUUCUUUGUGGAAGUUUGAAUCUCUCUUAUUUUUCCCUGACACAUUGUAAAGUAAUCAAAAGUUUCCGUCAUUGGGGUUGGAGGCAAAGUUUUCCCAUUUAAAAGCUAUGUCUAUAUCUGGACCAGUUGUGAUUUCCUCAUAGAAAUUGAUGAUUAAACUGUACUAUAUGUAUUACCUAUGGCGACUAAGUAGCAUUCAAGAGAUGAAUAAACAGGCCGCUCUUAUUGUGAUCACAUCUGCUGAACGUGUAUUUCACUGGUUUCUAUUUCAUUUUUGAAUGUCUCAACAGUAUUUUUCUCAGAAUAUUCGAUCCUCUUUGAAAAAUUCCUUCAACAAAAAACCUGAACUUUGUUUCUUGUUGUAGUGAUUAGAAAAUCUUACCCAGUUUAAACAUCCAGUGGAAGCUCAAUCUGAUCUGAUCUUAUCUUUGCAGAUAUCUAGACUGAUUUAUACGAAUUCUGGUAUCUCUCUCUUGGCGCUGGCGUCUAAUGCCAUUCAUCUACUCUGGAAGUGGCCACGAAAUGACCGCAACUCCAGUGGAAAGGUAGGCCUACGAAAAAUAUGAAAGUGGCUCUAUGCCUUUAUUUUUCUAAUCACAAGAUAUAAUUGCCUUGAACUAACACGAAUGCUUCAUCCUCCAGGCAACGGCCAGCCUCCAGCCCCAGUUAUGGCAACCACCGAGCGGGAUUUUGAUGACCAACGACAUCACUGACACCAAUCCGGAGGAAGCCGUCCCCUGCUUCGCUCUAUCAAAGAACGACUCUUAUGUCAUGUCAGCCUCGGGGGGAAAGAUUUCCCUCUUCAAUAUGAUGACAUUUAAGGUAAUGCGUUGCAGGUUCUCAAGUCAACGGCCCUUGUUUGAUUUGUUAUUCCUGGUUUUUUUUUUUUUUUUUUUUUUUUUUAACUUCUUUGAGGGACUUGCAGACAAUGACGACCUUCAUGCCGCCGCCACCAGCUGCCACAUUUCUCGCAUUCCACCCUCAAGAUAAUAACAUAAUUGCUAUCGGCAUGGAUGACUCAACCAUUCAAAUUUACAAUGUCCGGGUUGAUGAGGUAUGGGCCUGUCUAGAUGACUUCACUGCCCAGUAUUCAUCAAGGAACUUUGGGAGAGAGAGUCUGACCACUGCAAUGAUGCAGGUGAAGAGUAAGCUCAGGGGGCACUCGAAGAAGAUUACCGGGCUUGCUUUCUCUCAUGUGUUGAAUGUCCUCGUCUCGUCUGGAGCUGAUGCUCAGGUUAGUCAAUCAUUUAGUAAAUCAACCCUAAACCCUAGAAAUGGUUUAGAAAACCAUGAAUCAUAAGCCCUAGAUCCUGAAAUUUGAACCUUAAACCUGAACCCUAAACCCUAAGCUCUAUACCAUAAACCAUAAAUCCUGAAAACUUUAACAAAUUAAUCGAUCGAUUAAAUGUAUUGGUCGUGUUUUCUGAAUACCUUUUGGCCACAGCUCUUUGUUUGGGGGACCGACGGGUGGGAAAAGCAGAGGAGCAGAUUCUUGCAGAUCCCAGCAGGGCGGACGCCGAGUUCCAAUUCAGAGACCAAGGUCCAAUUCCACCAGGACCAGAUCCAUUUCCUGGCUGUGCAUGAGACCCAGCUCGCCAUCUACGAAACAACUAAAUUAGAGUGUAUAAAGCAGGUACACUUCUUCCCCUUCCCUUUUGAGCGAUUCUUGGCUCAUCUCUGUUCAUCGUCUUCCAUAGCAUACUUACUCCCUAUGAGCCCAUGCUGAAUAUGAACCGUCACUAAAUCUAGAGAAUAAAUUCUCUUUUCUUUUCUUUUCUUUUAUGUUCUUUCCAUAUUGGGCAAGUUCCGACUCAUCUCUGUUCAUCGUCCUCUGUAGUAUAUUCCCCGCGAGUCCUCUGCACCGAUCACAAAUGCGACCUUCUCGUGCGACAGUCAGUUGAUAUAUGCGAGCUUCCUUGAUGCCACUGUGCUCAUCUUCAGCGCCCCGCACCUCCAUCUUCGCUGCCGGGUCAGCCCAAACGCCUACUUACCAGCUAAUGUCAGGUGUAAUUCUCUCUCUCUCUCUCUCUCUCUCUCUCUCUCUCUCUCUCUCUCUCUCUCAAGAAAGAGAUGCUGAUGGUUUCCAUGAACCGAAAUUGGCUGCAGCUCGAAUGUGUACCCGCUGGUGAUCGCAGCGCACCCGUUGGAGCCGAACCAGUUUGCUCUCGGGCUGACGGACGGCGGGGUCCAUGUAUUGGAGCCGCUCGAGUCGGAAGGGAAAUGGGGGGCGGUGCCGCCCGUUGAGAAUGGCUCCACCACCAGCAUCCCCGCCACCGCCCCAGCCGCCGCCUCAGCCUCCGACCAGCAGAGGUAA